GCCGCCAGUCAUCCCAGACAUGCAUCAGCAACACCACACCAGAGCAGCUCAAGGCACAUCAACGUUUUUGACCCGGCCUCUGACCUUCCUGCUCUAUCUGCUCACUUGCUCGGGACUGGCCGGAUCUUUCCAUGUUCCUCCCUUGGUGACCGGCCAGCGCUCGGCCUUCUCGGCCACCCGCAGCAGCAGCAUCACAGGCGGCUCCCAGCGUGCUGUGACCUUUGACCGCCUGCUGGUCAACGUGGGUCACGACUUCAACCCCGACACAGGCCGCUUCCGUUGCCGCAUCCCAGGUGUCUACUACUUCACGUUCACCGUUGGCAAGUUCCCCAAGAAGUUGCUGUCUGUCAUGCUAGUCAAGAACGGCCAGGAGGUGCAGGCCAUCGCCUACGACGACUACCGCAAGGAGGGCCGCAAGGUGCAGAGCCAGAGUGUGAUGGUCAGCCUGAGAGCCAUGGACACUGUGUGGCUGCUGCUCCAGGAGAACCCUCAGUACGCCCUUUACAGCAACGUUGGCCCCUACAUCACAUUUAGCGGCUACCUCGUCUACCCAGAUGUGUCAUCAAACACGGGUUACGUCAACAACCACCUUCCCCCGCCGGCUCUGCCGUUUCCCGGCUGUCCACCACCAGGGGACUACGGCUGGACAAGGAGAGAGGAGUUGGCGGAGGAGCCUCGCUCAGCCUUCUCUGUGGCCCGGACGUCUCCCAUCUUGGGGGAGAGGAUCUUCCAGCAGAGCAAGCAGGCCCUGACCUUCGACGUGGAGUAUGUCAACAUCGGGGGACACUUCAACAAGACGUCGGGCCACUUCACGUGCCACUACCCGGGGGCCUACUUCUUCGCCUUCACCGUGGGCAAGCACCCACGCAGGGCUGUGUCCGUCAAGCUGAUGCUGGGCAAGGGCGAGGUGCAGGCCAUGGUGUUCGACGAGGACAUGUCCCGGCGGCGGGAGAUGCAGAGCCAGAGCCUGCUGCUGCUGCUGCAGAGGGGAGACAGCGUGUGGCUCUACAGCCAGCAGGACGACCGAUACGGCAUCUACAGCAACCAGGGCCGUUACACCACCUUCUCCGGCUUCCUUGUCUACGCAGUGGCCCCCGUGGGACAGGGCAGGACUCAGAAUUAAGGGACAUCCAAUGGACCGCUGAG